CUUAGGCUGGUGCUUAAUCUGAAGCUGAGUUAGAAAAAGCCGCUUCAUGGAAAACAAGUUAUUUAUCAGGGGAAGUAACUGUUACCAAACCUGAUGGUGAUAUCCAACAGCUUCCACCUCUUAUGUGUUAUACAGCUACUGAUCCUGUGACUGGGGAGGUUAUGAUGUCACGUGAAGACAAAGUGGUUCUUGUCACUCGAGUGGAUGGCACCUAUGUAUGUGAUCAUACAGAUGGUACAAGGAUAACUCGGUAUUAUAAAGAUGUUGAUCAUAAUAACUUUGAAGAACAAGGUGAUUUGGGAGAAUCCAGGAUCUGGUUUAUUCGAGUCGAAUGUAAUGGUUAUGCUUCAGUGAUUUUCAACCAGUAUGAUCAGUCAAGCGUAACAGUGUUCGGAAGUGGGUCGUCAUUGGUUACAAAUGUGGAUGGGACAUACCAUUUAUCUCAUUGGAACGGUGGCCAGCUCGACAUGGAGCGUGAGGGGUCAGUACUUUACACUCCCCGACCAGAUAACGACUUUUUCCUCGCUGCUGUUUCUGCUGCUGAGUCAGGAGAAGGUUACGAGGGGAGUGAAGGCGAGGAGAAUCAACAGCUUCAACCUCGGCCAUCAAUAUCAUACGGAUCUUACAUCAUGCGACAAAACUCCCCUAUUUGUUGUGAAGCAAUCGACCAAGAAGGGAAUAUCUUUCAGGUAAAAGUAAAUGGUGAAGCGAGCGUCAUCAACCCUGGUGUCCAUGGCAACCAGGGAGACGUGGAACAUGGUGAUAAGAUGGAAGAUUCAAUGAAGAUGAUGAAGAUUGAUCCACAGGAGCACCAUCCACCAAGAUUGUUUGUCAUCCAUGAAGAUGGGUCAGGAACUGAGCUCCUCCGACAAAAAGAUGUCCAGGAGUACAUUGGGGAUGCUGUGCUUGAUCCUACUUCCGCUGUUAUCCGAGAAAAUCUUCCAGAUGAUGAAAAAGUGACAGGUAUAACUGUGAUGCGGCCUCACUAUGGCAACUGUAGUUAUGCUUGGUUGGUUAGCAUGGAAGAGGAAAAUAUCAUCCCCAAGAAUAUUAAGACAAGAGAUUUAACCAAGUUUCCAUCCAAGGAACUAAAGAAACCCGGACCCCCCUUUGGGACAACUACGGGUAAAGGGUUAGCUGUUGGGUCAGCUCCAGUACCCCUGCAACCCCCUCCUGCCCCACCUUGCCCCACAGCAUUAGAGAUUCGGCAACUGGUUCAAUAUCAACCAAUAACAAAAGAGUUACGAAGCAUCUUAAAGAAGAGGAUGGUGGAGUUUGGGAGGAUGCGGUUGGAGCAAGAGAUGCAGAGGGAAGCUCUGAAGAUAAAUGAACCAAGAUCAAGUGAAGAGCAGAUGAGAGCAAGUGAUCUUCUUACACUUGUGUUGGAUUUGGAUGAAGAUAUAAGUCCCCGAGCCCCCAGUGAAGCUCCCCAGCCAUCAGGAGCACCUAUGAAGACCCCACUAUGUGUAGAACACAGCCAUGCCACAGCAGCUAUACCUGACCAACAAAACUCAUCAGUGGUAAAGGAAACAUACGAGAAAGUAGUCGCCCCUCCUCCACCCCCUGUGGUUCCUCCACCUCGGGAAAAACUAACUCAGGCUGAUUGGGAUCUGCUAAGACGAGGAAUAGAGGAAGAGAAAGCAAAUCGUAUCGCGCUGAGACAUCACGAUGUUCCCGCUUACUUUGACUCCGACAUCGGUCGUGCUUGGCUGCUCACUCAAGCCAAUGAUAUGAAGACCGCAUCCGUGCAACUCUCGCUUGAUCCUCGGAGAGAUGGAACGGAGGCAAGGAUGGUGGGAGUUGGGAGGAGCAAUGAUGGUGAGGCGAGCAGACAAACAAGCACCUCGUCACCACCGCAAGAAACUUCUGAAAAAUCCCAAGAUUCCACCCCCACUGUGCGUGGUACGGGCACGGGGGUUAUAUCGGACACCCCUUCUAAGAUGAGACCCACCAACCCCACCCCUGCUCAUGCAAGUGGGAAAGGGACCCCUACUAAAGUGAGACCUGACAAUCCAACACCAUUUGCAGCAGCUCAGCCGAGGAAUAUGAGGCCAAGUAACCCCACACCAAGCCACGCAUCACCAGGCAUGCCAACUAAUAAACAAUUAGAUGGAAUUAAUCAACAACAACAACCAUCACCUAUACCUGAGAACCCAACAUCUGCACAAAGAAGAGAAGACCGUAUGUCUCCGAAUGAAAACGAAGCGUCAAAUGAAGGAAGUCACCCACAUAAUCUAUUGCUUGAAAGGGAAGAUUCUGAUUUAGUUUUAACUCGAAGUUUAUUGUAUGAUGCAACUGGUCAACCACGUAAAGGACCUAUUACUCUUCCUAACUCAAUACUUAGCGAUAAACCAGGAUCCCUGCCUAACACAAAGUUUAUGACGGUUGAAGAACCAGUAAGAAGAAAAGUUAAAACAUCGUCAAUAUCUGGUGGAUUGGUAAAAGGUCAUCAAAAGGUGGCAGAACGUGGGUUUCAGUUGUUGCCUCCUGAAGUUGUUUUUGGAAUACUUCGAGAAGGCAACACUUAUUCAUACACUGUACAAAUGCGAAACACUGGUAUAGAUCUAUGUAGAUUUAAAGUGAAACAACCUCCCCCUGGAACUGGUAUGCGUGUCCAUUAUACACCGGGCCCUGUGGCAGCAGGCAUGAGCACCAAACUCCUGAUUGAAGUUUAUGCGAUCGCUGUUGGUGUUGAGGGAGAAUCUGGUGUUGGGACAAUCAACCAUCAACUGGAGAUAAUUACAGAGACCGACAUUCUAUUUCUACCUAUCACAGCAAUAGUCCUAACUGCAAAUGAUUACGACAACAGACGUGAACCUUUACCACAAGGAGGAAAAGCUCCUGGUGUAAAACUAUCAUCUAGUAAACCACCUUCAAGAGAUGGAAUCUUACGUCCAAUGAAAAUGGAAGCUUAGAAGUGAAUGAAUGCGUCAAGAAGACAAUGCUAAGUGUUUACUGUGUUUUAUACCAUAUAGAUUUUAUAACAGAGGUUUAUUAUAUAUGUUUUGUAAAAGAGCUUUAUUUUCUAAACUUUACAAAUUUUAAUGAAAUACAGUACAAACUUAAAGAUUCUUUUGUUUAAUUUACCAGCUAACCAAACUAAAUAUAACGCCACUAUUAAUAAUGUCCUGUAUAAGUUUAUUUAUUAAUUGUUACUCUUUAUUAAAACAACAACAUGACGUUUAGAAGUAGUAACAUAUAAGAACAUUUGCUGCAAUAUAUGAUAGCAUGCUAGGCAAAAGUACUUGUGCACUGAAAGCACACAAACAUAUAACAACACUAUACAAUGUUGUUGUUGCCACAUUAAACCUGCUGGGGUAUAAGAAUACAUAAUGUACCUAAAAAUAUUAUAUUUUUUAUGGUAAAUGCAGGAUAAAACAGCUUUAUCGUAACUGAAGUAACCUUUUGAGUGAAACAUAGUUAGCCCAUGCAUAUACACAUAUAACAGAGCACCAGUUAUACUUUAGUUAAAAUCUUAAUAGGAAUUUGGGCAUUCCAAUUUCAAUGUCAUAAAACAGUUCAAAAAGGCAACUAGUGUUAAAAAGUUAUUUGCAUUGAUUACUGACAAGCAACCAAUAUCUUUAUGUACAUGCACAUGGUCGUAACAGAUUGAAGCCA